CUUUCUUGCUUCUAUUUAUUUUUACCACCCCAAAAAAACUAUGGACGAACAGGAACUGCGAGAUACCAAAAGCCUCGCAACCUUCUCCAUGACUCUCUGCCCAUCGCUAUCCCUCGAUCUAUGUCAACUCAACAAUACAGGAAACCAUGGUACAACGGUAUGGGACAGCGCCAAAGUGCUCGCAUUUUAUUUAAUGGACACGAUCAAACGUCCUUCAUGGACCAUGGUCGACGGCAAACUCGAACUACAAAACACCAAAAAAUGCAUCGAACUCGGCAGCGGAUGCGGUCUGGGCGGUCUGACCAUGGCUGCUCUAGGUUUCGAUACCGUCAUGACUGAUCUCCCAUCCGUCGUCGAACACGUCCUCCAGGUCAACAAACAACGAAACGAACGUCAUAUCAAGGACUGGUGGUAUCAGUUACUCGAACAGUCAACACAUGACUCGACCAUGACGCUCCAAAAUCCUCGCGUGGGCGUUAAAUCUCUGGAUUGGCUCCAAUAUAGCGCUGAUCCCGAAAAAUGCACCACAGUAGACCCGCCAUACAACUAUAUCCUUGCCGCCGAUUGCAUAUAUUGCACCGAAGUGUUACCGCCUCUUCUCCAGUCCUGCUGGAAUCUCGCAUCACCAACUACAACAAUCCUUGUCGCGCUCGAGCAUAGAGACGAUAUUGUCGUGAACGCGUUUGUCGAAAAAGCGAAAGAGUUUGGUUUUGAUCCUCGAAUGGUUCCCAGCAAGCAACUACGUACAGAAGUAAUAGGAAAUGAGGAUAUUGAGAUUUGGAAACUUAAAAAGAAACGAAGCAAGUAACUCAUCAUGCCGUCCUCCUUUCUCUCUCCUAAUCCUUCUGUCCCUUGUCCCUCUUCCUACAAAUCAAUGUAACUUACCUCAAUCUUCCGAUUUCUGUACAUUUAAUAUUGUUAUC